AUGAAGACGACCUUUGUUUCCCUCGCCCUCUUCCUCGCCGUCGUGGCCCAGAUGGUCGCGUCGAUGGCUGUCAUCACGAACCCUGUCAGCUCGACCAAGGGCAAGGGCGGCAAGAAGCUCUCGGUCGUGUGGAACGACGACGGCAAGUCGCCAAAGAUUUCCGACUGGGGCGGAGUCAACGUCUUCCUCGCCGUCGGCUCGCAGAACGUCCAGUACAAGCUCCAGCAGCUCGGCAGCAACCUGCCCGUCACGCAGACCAAGGGCUCCUGGAAGGUGGACCCCUCGAUUGGCGCCAACUCCAAGUCGUACUUUAUCCGCAUGGAGGGAACCAAGCUCGGAUCGGACGGUAACCCGCCCAUGGCCUUUAGCGCUCGUUUCGAGCUCAGCAACAUGAGCGGACAGUUCAACUCGACGGUGCAGAACGCUGCAAACGGAAAGGAGGGUGCCGCGCCGAGCUCCUCGACGACUGGUUCGUCGGGCAGCAGCUCGACCUCGUCUGCCUCCUCCUCGUCCACCUCCUCCACUGGCCUCUCCGGCGCUGCCUCCUCUUCCAAAUCAUCGUCGGCCAGCUCUAGCUCGAGCACCACGAGCGGUGUCGCGCCCAUCUACCUCAACAGUGCCCUGGUCACCGUCGGCGCCAUUGCCGCUGGCGUUGCCGCCUUUGUCUAA